AUGUUCGGUCGUCGUGAAAUUGUGCAUGGCAAGCCAGGUAAAUACAUAUGGGUAACUUACAAAGAAGUUUCUGACAUUGUGCUGCAAAUUGGUAAUUCCAUUCGCAGCUGUGGAGUUGCGGACAGAGGACGGUGUGAAAUUUAUGGUGCUAAUUCUCCUGAGCGGGUUAUAAGUAUGGAGGCUUGUAAUGCUCAUGAACUCUAUUGUGCUCCUUUAUUUGACAUUUUGGGUGCUGGAGCACCUGAGGGGAGCUUGAAGUUUGUUGAUUUCAGAAGGACUAAUUUUAAACACCCAGGAGAAGAAUAUGUUGAAGUGGAAAAUUUCGAGAAAGUCUAUGAUAUUGUCUCGAUAUGGGUAUACGGGAACAAUUGGGAGGCCUUUCUUGUUGCUAUUAUUAAUCCAACCAAACAAGCAGUGGAGCAAUGGGAAGCACAGAAUUUCCUUGUUGCUAUUAUUAAUCCGAACAUCCAAGCAGUGGAGCAAUGGGCAGCACAAAUUGGUGUGUCUGGGGACUGCAAUGCCCUCUCAAGGUGUACGACGGGAUCGGAUUUUGGGCACCAAAUACAGCCUCAAACGGCUAGUGCGCGGCCUCAGCUUGGCGCGAGCGGCGAGAGGGAGAGACCUGCGGCUGGGGACCAGAAGUCUCACAUAGGAAGGGCAUCCCUGGGGCCAAAGUGCAUGGCCUAG